AUGGGGGAAAUUCGAGGAAAUCAACCAGAAAAUGGAAGAAUGAAAUAUAAUACAUCAACGCGACGUUUAGCAGGUUUUGAAUAUAAUUCAUCGGGUACUAUAAUAAUAACUUAUUCAUUUCCUAAUGGAAUACAAAAUGAAAGUCAUCCAAAUCCUGGUAAACCAUAUUAUGGAACAAAUCGUGAGGCUUUUUUACCGGAUAAUUCCGAUGGACGUCAUGUACUUAAAUUACUGGAAAAAGCUUUUCAACUUCGACAAAUUUUUACUGUUGGACAAUUUCGAACAACAGGUUAUGAUAAUGUUGUUACAUGGAAAUGA